GAAGCUGGCUGAAGACUCUGCCUUCCUGUUGGAUUACUUGGUUCUCAAGACCUGGCCAGUGAGACUCGGGGUUUGCGCGGUUGUGACCCAGCCUGCCCCGUUGCCGUCCUUGUAUGAGUUGCUGGACGCUCGGGGCUCUUUGGAGCUGUCGUCUGCGUGGAGAUUUUGAGCCACUUCGAGCUGCUUCCGGGCGCAGAGGCUGCUCGCGAUGAGCUCCCAAAGCCAUCCAGAUGGACUUUCCGGCCGAGACCAGCCCGUGGAGCUGCUGAAUCCUGCCCGCGUGAACCACAUGCCCAGCACGGUGGAUGUGGCCACGGCGCUGCCCCUGCAAGUGGCCCCCUCGGCAGUGCCCAUGGACCUGCGCCUGGACCACCCGUUCUCGCUGCCCGUGGCGGAGCCCGCCCUCCGGGAGCAGCAGCUGCAGCAGGAGCUCCUGGCGCUCAAGCAGAAGCAGCAGAUCCAGAGGCAGCUCCUCAUCGCCGAGUUCCAGCGGCAACACGAACAGCUCUCGCGGCAGCACGAAGCCCAGCUGCACGAGCACAUCAAG